AUGCAUCAAGGCAUCGCAUCGCAGCUCGGAGCUGCAGUGCUUUUCGCCGGGCUAGGUUUCGCUGAGCAGUAUACACCGAAACACGAGCCCGGACGAUGCGCUUUCCGUGACCAUUGUGGCAAGCAGGGCUUUUUCGGCAAAGAGCUUCCAUGUGUCGACAAUGGCUUGGCCAAGGAUCCUGACAAAGAGCUUCGCAAUGAGCUCGUCGACCUUUGUGGCGAGAAAUGGAGGACUGGACCUGUCUGCUGUACUCUUGCCCAGGUACAAUCACUCAAGUCCGAGCUCGGCACUCCCAACACACUCAUCGGCUCAUGUCCCGCGUGUAAAGACAACUUCUUCAACCUUUUCUGCACAUUCACCUGCUCUCCUGACCAGUCUACCUUCAUCAAUGUAACCGAUUCUGCCCCCAAGAAUGGCAAGAGGCUCGUAACGGAGCUCGACCAGCUUGUAUCUGAGAAAUAUGGCUCCGGCUUCUACGACAGUUGCAAGGAAGUUAAGUUUGGCGGCGCAAACUCGAAAGCCAUGGAUCUUAUUGGUGGCGGCGCGAAGAACUAUACCGAAAUGCUCAAGUUUCUUGGAGACAAGAAACCUUUUGCUGGCUCACCCUUCCAAAUCAAUUUCCCAACAAAGUACAGCGACCCCGAGCUGCAUCCUGUGGACAUGAAGCCGAAGAAGUGCAACGACGAGGACCCCGAUUACCGUUGCGUUUGUGUCGAUUGUCCUGAGGUCUGCCCGACGCUCCCGGAUGUCAAGGAUUCUAAAUCUUGCAAAGUAGGACUUCUCCCUUGCCUUUCAUUCGCUUCCAUAUUCGUUUACAGUGUCUUAUUGUCUACCUUGAUCUUGGCCGUUGUUGGGCAUAUCGCCUAUCAAAAAUACUCGCAGCAUCGCGUCGAGAGAACAAGACUACUCCACGAAUCUUCUCACAGUGACGAUGAAGACGAAGGUGGUCCGGUUGAUACAGAGGCGAUGCGUGAGCGCCCAACUAAGAGAUACUGGGUCAACGACCGGUGUGACAAAGCUUUCUACCAACUUGGUCAUGUCGCAGCUCGCUUCCCCGGGUGGUGCAUUAGCCUCAGUCUGCUCUUUGUCGCAAUCCUUAGUAUUGGAUUGUUCCGAUUCGACCUCGAAAAGGAGCCUGCUCGUCUUUGGGUGAGCCCAUCUUCUGCUGCCGCACAGGAAAAAGCCUAUUUCGACGAGAACUUUGGACCCUUUUACCGCGCCGAGAAGAUCUUCCUUGCCAAUGACACUAACCCAUCUGGACCCGGGCCUGUCCUCAGCUACGAUACACUGAAAUGGUGGAUUGAGGUUGAAGAGAGUGUCAAGAAGAUUGAAAGCCCUGUCUACGGCAAGUACUUUCAAGAUUUGUGCUUCAAGCCUUCCAACGAUGCCUGUGUGGUGCAGUCUGUUUCAGCAUACUGGCACUCCAAGGGUGGACUGGAUCCCGAGUUCUGGAAGGACGAUCUUCGUGCCUGCGCAAAGAGUCCUGUUGACUGUCGCCCGGACUUUGGACAGCCUAUUGAACCCAACAUGAUUUUUGGUGGUUAUGAUGAUGAUGUGGUUGAUGCCCAUGCCAUUACUGUGACCUGGGUUGUCAACAAUGCCCAAGAAGGAACCGAUGCUAUUGCCAGGGCCGUGGAUUGGGAAACUGCCCUUCGCGACCGACUGCUCGAGGUUCAGGAAGAGGCCAAAGAACGUGGUCUUCGACUAUCCUUCAACACCGAGAUCAGUCUAGAGCAAGAACUCAACAAGUCGACAAACACGGACGCCAAGAUCAUCGUCAUCAGCUACAUUGUCAUGUUUGUUUAUGCCUGUAUGGCUCUCGGUACACCGCUCAAGCAUAUCUUCCGCAAUCCCGCCGUGCUCUUGGUAGAGUCAAAGGUUACGCUUGGCUUGGCCGGUAUCGUUAUUGUUCUCAUGUCCAUCGCCGCUUCAAUCGGAUUCUUCUCAUGGGUUGGUCUGAAGGCUACGCUUAUCAUCAUGGAAGUCAUUCCCUUCAUUGUACUCGCUGUUGGUGUGGACAAUAUUUUCUUGAUUGUUCACGAGCUUGAGAGAGUCAACGUUAGCUUCCCCGACCAGAUGGUUGAAGAAAGAGUUGCUAGGGCGCUUGGUCGUAUGGGACCCUCUAUCCUCUUCUCUGCUCUGACGGAAACUGUGGCUUUUGCUCUCGGCACAGCUGUUGGCAUGCCGGCAGUCAGAAACUUUGCUGCUUAUGCCGCCGGUGCCGUCCUGGUUAACGCAGUGCUCCAGAUGACGAUGUUCGUCUCACUUCUCUCACUUAACCAGAUGCGGGUUGAAGACCAUCGAUGUGAAUUGUGGCCAUGGUGGCAGAUCACUAAGGCGAGAGUCCACCUCAACGGCACUAAUGGUUUCGUUCAGGGUGGAAGCCGCGGAUCAGAUAUGGCCGAGGAGAGCUUGCUACAGGUUUUCAUCAAGAACACAUAUGCCCCACGCCUUCUCGGAAAGAAGGUCAAGCUUGCUGUUGUCACAAUCUUCCUCGGGAUGUUUGCAGGAGGUUUGGCACUCUUGCCUAAGAUUCAACUUGGCCUUGACCAGCGCGUUGCUAUCCCCGACGGCUCUUAUUUGAUUCCUUUCUUCAAUGACCUGUACGGAUACUUGGAGACUGGACCCCCCGUAUACUUUGUCACACGUGAAGUCGACGCUUCCAAGCGCAAGGCACAACAGGAGAUUUGCUCGAGAUUCACUACUUGCCAGGAUCUCUCACUCCCAAACACACUGGAGCUCGAGCGACAGAGACCUGACGUUUCUUACAUUGCUUCACCAGCAGCGAGUUGGAUUGAUGACUACUUCCUUUGGUUGAACCCCAUCUUCGAAGACUGCUGCAAGGAACACGGCAAGACCUGCUUUGCUGACCGCAAGCCAGCCUGGAACACUACCUUGUACGGAAUGCCUGAAGAUGAGGAAUUCAUCCACUACCUCAAGAAGUUCCUUUCAAGCCCUACUGGUGAAGAAUGCCCUCUGGCCGGCCAAGCUGCGUAUGGUCAAGCUGUUGUCCUGAACUCCGAUGAAACUCGUGUUAAGUCGACUCACUUCAGAACAAUGCAUACUCCUUUGAGAAGCCAGGAAGACUUCAUCGCUGCAUACUCUGCUGCUCGUCGUAUCGCCUCUGACAUCACCGAAAGGACCGGCGCAGAGGUAUUCCCGUACAGCGUCUUUUACAUCUUCUUCGAUCAAUAUCUCAGUAUUGUGCCAUUAACAGCCGGUUUGCUGUGUGCUGCUGUUGGUAUAAUCUUCGUUGUUGCUUCUGUACUGCUGGGCUCACUACUCACGGCGCUUGUGGUAUCUGUCACGGUAGUGAUGAGCGUUGUAGACAUUAUGGGCAGCAUGGCCUUGUUCAAUGUAUCUCUGAACGCUGUUUCUCUUGUCAACCUCAUCAUCUGCGUCGGUAUCUCGGUAGAGUUCUGCGCGCACAUUGCACGGGCUUUCAUGUAUCCGUCGCGCACAGUAAUGGAGGGCAAUAGCAAUGCCUUCCGUGGUCGUGAUGCUCGAGCUUGGACUGCCCUUGUUAACGUCGGUGGAUCGGUGUUCUCCGGCAUCACAGUCACCAAGCUUUUGGGCGUUUCUGUGCUCGCCUUCACGCGUUCCAAGAUUUUCGAGAUCUACUACUUCCGAGUUUGGCUGUCUCUUGUCAUCUUCGCCGCCCUCCACGCACUUGUCUUCCUGCCUGUUGCUCUGAGCAUUGCUGGAGGUCAAGGCUAUGUUGACCCAGAAAGCGAAGGAACCGCUGCCCAAGACUUGACUGAUAGGAGAUGGCGAGCCAUCAGGAUUAAUGAUAACAGUGACUCGGAGGAUGAGUUUUAG